GAAGUGACGUAGUGUUGCGGCAGUUUGUGGCGCAGCUAGCCUGUGCUUUGCGGCAACACUGUCCGCCCGGUUCGGAUCUUGCCAGGCGCGGACCUUGGGCGGGAAAGGCGGCAGGGACCGGAGGUGGCGUUCCUGCUAUGGCUCGGCAGUUGAUGACUUGGUUUCUUUAGUUUUUGUGCCCCCCGCCCCCUUUAGAAUCACCAGGAAGACCAGCGCAGUCUCCACUUCCGGUUAUAAGUGAGCCUCCUAGUACCAGAGGCGCCUCCGCUCUUCUCCGGCUCCCUUCCCCUCCUCUUUUUUCGUAUCCCCGUCAGACUCGUCCCUUCCCCAAGACGUCUGGUCGCCUUCUAGGAUUUUGUUUUAGUCCUCUUCUUUUGCGACCUGCAGCGCUCUCCUUUCCCUCCCGAGCGGGUCGGGCUGCGGUCGGCGGAAUGGAGCCGCCCUCCGGGCCGGACUCGCCCGAGGAGGGCUCCCCCUGCGACCUCGCACAGGCUUUCUCCAGGAUCCUGCACCGUCUCACCGGCCAGCAGGCACGGCGUGGCGACGCCAGCGAGGCGGCCCUGACGGAGCUCAGCGCGCUCCUGGAAGCCCCGGCGUGUGAGCGCUUGUUGGAGGGCGAUGGCGGGGUGCCCGCGAUCCUGGGGCAGGUGGCGCGAGCCCUGGAGAAGUGUGCAGCCCCACCCAAGGACGAGGCAGGCGGAGGGGUGGCCGAGAGAGCGGCGCGGGUCGGGCUGGUGUUCCUGAAGCUCUUGGGGAAAGUGGGGGCUGCCAGGAGCUCGCCGGGCUCCCCGGCGUGCAGGGCCGGCCUGCGGCACUUGGCGGCACCCAUCUACGUGUUUGCCAUCACGCACAGCGCGGAGCGACCAUGGAGCAGCCCGAGGUCCCGCCACGUGGCCGGGGAGGUGCUCGCCUCGCUGCUGGGCGUGACCGAGUGCGGCUCCGUAGCGGGGUUCCUGCGCGGAGAGAGUGAAGACGACAAGGGCAGGUUCGCUGGGAUCCUGGGCUUUCUCAAAGCCGACCUGAACAAGGAAUCCUGGAAGAAUAAUCCAGCCACCAAACAUGUUUUCUUCUGGACUCUGCAGCAGGUCACGCGGCCCUGGCUGAACCAGCAUUUGGAAAGGGUGCUUCCCCCAUCGCUGCUAAUCUCAGAUGAUUAUCAAACUGAGAACAAAAUCCUGGGUGUCCACUGCCUCCACCACAUUGUGCUCAACGUGCCAGCUGCCGAUCUGCUCCAGUAUAACAGAGCCCAGGUGCUACACCAUGCGCUUUUCAACCACCUGUACACGCCGGAGCACAGCCUCAUCCAGGCUGUGCUCCUGUGUCUGCUGGAUUUAUUCCCUGUCCUUGAGAAAGGCCUGCAUUGGAAGGGAGAUGCAGCACGACCCACCACACACUGUGAUGAGGUCCUGCAGCUGAUCUUGACCCACAUGGAGCCAGAGCACCGCAUUCUCUUACGCAGGACCUAUGCUAGAAACCUGCCAGCGUUCGUCAAGAGGUUGGGGAUCCUAACUGUCCGGCACAUGAAAAGGCUGGAGCGAGUCAUUAUUGGCUAUCUGGAGGUUUAUGAUGGACCAGAGGAAGAGGCUAGAUUGAAGAUAUUAGAAACCCUAAAACUUCUCAUGCAGUACACGUGGCCCAGAAUUCCGUGCAGACUUGUGGUCUUUCUGAAGGCUCUCUUGAAACUCAUAUGCGAUGUAGCAAGGGACCCAACCCUUACACCUGAACCUGUUAAGAAUGCCUUACUGCAGGAGGCCACAGACUGCCUGAUUACCCUGGACCACUGCUCUCAAGGACAGGUGAAGGAUCUCCUGGCCAAAAUUCUCCAAAGCUGUGAAGACAGCAGGGUGGUAAACUGCCUCAGGAAAGUGCAGCAGGCUCCCGAAGGUGCUCACUACGAUGGAACUUGAGAUGUUCCUCAAGAGGAAAGGAUUUUCUUCCUAUCUCAUGUGGCACAAGUGGAGUCUCUUACACUAAACGUUGUAAGUCAGAGGCUCUUCUUCCUUUUUUGUUUCCUUGUACCCCCAGAGGACUGGGGAAGAGAACAAGAGAAAAUGGAAGUCCUGCUUUGGUAGGAAAAAUGACACUAAGGAAUUCAGCAUUGAACAUCUCGAACUAUUUACACUCAGUCUCAUCCCAGCUUCAAGAACUGAUCUUUUUAAGCUUUGUGGGCUUGAACUGUUAUUCAACACAUGUGCUAUAAAAAUACUCUGUUCCCAAAUUAAGGCAUUCUUCCACUGACUACAGAUGUCUUGCCCACUUAAGUGGCAUAAAUAUUAAAAACACAAAUAUUGUGUUAUAUACAAUAUGAAAGAACAAAAACUGGAAGUGUGUUUAAGAUAAAAGUUCAGCACGUUCAGUCCUGUCAGUCCUGUUUCCCAACUGCCUACGGGACUUCAGGUGGUUUUGGCCUUGGCCGUAGGCUCUGUUUCCUGCUCAUACUCUAUCUCUACAUAGGCUCGUUUUCUCCGCAGAGGUCCUUUCAAGGGUGUUUUGCCUUUGUGUUUCGCAUUAAAGGACUUUUCUUCCUCUUCACUGGAGGAUUUACCAUCCUGGUCUUCAUCACUGCUGGCAUCCAAUUUGUCCAUAUCCUGUAGAGGGAGAGAAAGGGUCAAAAAGAAAGGAAAUGCUAGCUUUCUUCAAACUCCCUUAGUUAUUCCCUCAAGGUAGAACAAAGUAGAGAUUAGUUUGCAUGCUCAGGAACCCUCCCCCCUUUUUUGUUGUUGUUUUGAACUCACCUCAAAGUCACUUAUGUCACUCUCAUCUACCUCCUCAUCUUCCACAAAUUCUCUUUUUCCCACAUCCUAAAAUAAAGCAUGACUGUUAGGUUCAAAACAGCACUUUAGACAUCUAGUUUUACCCUUCAGUAUAGUAUGCCACCAAGGUUUAGUUAUUCCCACGUUUAAUACUUCUGAAUUUAAAAGACUUCACAUCUUUAUUUUAGUUGGUUAAAAUCUAUACACAAGCAGUGACUUGAACCUUGUAGGAGAAAUUUUAGAAUGUCACUCAGUAAGACUAAAACUGUUUUUAGUUUGUUGGUUUCACCUACAGAACAAGGCAGCCACUGCCAAAUCAAAAUAUGCAUAUCAGAAAAAAGAUGAUCAAAUUAGUUUUGGUUAAGGGUCUCUCGAUGACACAAAAUAUAUCCUGUUUUAUUAGUUACUGUUUGACAAACCAAACCAAAAACUUACGUCGUCAUCAUCAUCUUCAUCAUCUUUCUCCUCAUCUGAAGAGUCGCUCUCUGCCUCCUGUUGUUCUAGGGCUUUGUCGAAGGCAUGAAUGGGGAAGUUGUAGAUGUCGCCGUACUGGAGAAUAUGAACACAAAUGGCCUUUCAUCACAUCUGGACAUUAACACUUGAAGUUCCACUGUCCUACGAGCAUACUAUUUUUUUCCUCAGUGAUUUAAAUGAGACUAUUUAGCUUACUGAGCUGUAUUUCUACAUUAUUUAUAAGCUCAGAGCUGACAGUGUCUUAAAUCUAUUUUUGAAAUCUGAAACAACCACUAGAUAAAAUAAUAAAAUAUAUCACUUCUAUGGA